AUGUCCAAGCCGAUUCUCUACAGCUAUUGGCGAAGCUCGUGCUCCUGGAGGGUCAGAAUUGCCCUCAACUUAAAAAACAUCGACUACGAGUACAAAACUGUCAAUUUGCUGUCGAAAGAAGCUUUGGAAGACCCCGAGUUCGUGAAAGCCAACCCGGUGAAGAAAGUGCCCGCCUACAUCGACCAGGGCCACGCCAUCACCGAAUCGCUCGCCAUUAUCGAGUACCUAGAGGAGCGAUACCCCGAUCGUUUCCCCUUACUGCCGAAAGAUCUGUUCCAGCGCGGUCAGGCUCGCGCGGUCGCGCUGCAAAUCGCCGCCGGCAUCCAGCCAAUCCAGAAUAUGCGCGUGCUCAAGUAUCUGAACGCCGAGGAGGCGGGGAAGGGCGCAAAGUGGGCCAACUACUGGCUCGUCGACGGUCUCAGCGACCUGGAGCGGCUCCUUGAAAAAUCGGCCGGAAAAUUCGCCGUCGGUGACCAGCUCUCCAUCGCCGAUAUCGGGAUCCCAAGCAUUUUGUACAAUGCUCGAAGAUUCUCCGUCGACACGACCCAGUUCCCGAUUCUAACUCGUCUCGAUAAAGCCCUCGGGCUGAUUGACGCUUUCGCCGACGCCCAUCCCGACAAGCAGCCAGACGCCAACCUCAACGCA